AUGUCAUCAUUCCAGAUCAUAUUCGUGUCCCAUACUGACCGCUGUCAGCUGACUCUCGGUAGCUUUGUUCAAGAGUUUAAUUCUUCAAGGAAGUUAGCAUCCACUUUCCAGGGAUUACACCCUUCAGAGGAACCUUCAGCAGAAGUUAAGAUGUUUCAGAAGACUAAUAACAUGGCAAACUCAUCUAUCUUGCAGAUUCUAGCACAAGAGCCCAAAGAUAAGAAAGAUCUUCAUGUUCUUGAUAUUGGUGUUUCAUUAUAUGCAAUGGCCCACUGUGCGGGAAGCUCUGAGCUAUUAAGGAUAUUUUAA